AUGUCUACUUCAAACAUUGCAACGCCAAACACUAAACAAUGCACUCGCUGUGAUAAGUUCAAACCAAUUGCUGAAUUUACGAGACAAAGUGGAAACAAAAGUAAAAUAUUUCAAAGAUGCAAUAUUUGUGCAGACUAUGAAAAACAAAAUAAAAGAGAUAAACAGCUUAAAACAAAAUCAUCUAGCAAUGACAAUUCUCCAUCUCUUUCUUUGAGCCAUGAAGAAGCACUAUCCCUUUCUUUGGGUUAUGAGGACAUACCAACCCUUUCCUUGAGCCAUGAAAAUAUACCAUCUCAUUCAUUUAGUCACAAAGAUAUGCCAUCUCUUUCUUUAAGUUAUGAAGAUACACUAUCACUUACCUUGCGUUCUGAUGAUACAUCAUCUUUUUUCUUGAGUUACAAAGAUAUACCAUUCUUCUCUUCGAAUCAAGAAUUCUUUCUUUCAAGCCAUGAAGAUACGCCUCCUUUGAGUCAUAAAGAUAUACUAUUUCUCUAUUUAAGUCAUGAAGACGAAUCAUCCUCUUCUGUAAAUAGAAUAAUGUCAUCUAAUUCAGAUAGUAUUGAAAGCAAUGAAGAUGAAAUAAUUCACAAUGUAUGCGAUCUUGAAGAGCUCAUUGCUCUUAAAUUUAGAGAUGAGGAAGUAGAAGACCAUGUUGAGUUCACUAUAACAGUAAAAAUUGAAGACGAAUUAGUUAAUGAAGAAAAUUUAAACUUGGAAUUUAAUAAUUAUGUAGAAGAUAAGAAAUUUCAUGCCGUGAUUAAAUCAUUACUUAUACCUCUUCAAGCGGGUUCUAGAUAUUAUUGGGAGCUUAGAAAUCUAUAUCAUAAUAAAAAAAAUGGCCAGUACACAGGUUGUGCAACAGCUCAUAUAGGCUGUACACAAAGAACUGAUCGUCAAAAUAAACGUCAAGGCAAACAACCUCAAGCAAUAAUAACUAUUAACUAUUUAGCACAUGAAUGCCCUGAAUAUAAAGAAUCUAAUUUACCUAUAGGUGCUAUAGUAUGGAUAAAACAAAAUAUUAAUAAAAACUGGAGAAAAAUAGAGUUAUACAAACAACUAUGUAAUGAGAAUUUAAUCAAUCCAUCACUACAUACAUACCAUCAAGUAUAUUAUUGGAUACAUAAGUUUUCAAGAACACAAUAUGUUACAGAUAUAGCAAAUCAAGUAAUAUCCACUAAAAAUUUUCUAGAACGGUGGGAAUUAGUGAAUGAAGGAUAUAAAAUUAUUCAAUAUCAAGAAAAUAAUUUUGUGUGUUCUCUUGGAUUUGUUGCUCCAUUCUUUCAAGGUCUACAAAAUUUACAAGAAAAUUUUAAUGAAAUCAUAAUUGAUUCAACAUUCAAAACAAAUCAGGAACGUUUUGAACUCUUUGCAGUAAACGUUAAUUGUGGCGGUGAUCCCUCCCCUAAAAAAUUGUCGGUUAGAG